UUUCUUUCCCAGAGGGCUCACCCUCCGGGGCGUGAGGCCCUAGCCGUGUCACACUGUCACUUCUGUGACUUCUGCUUCUCUGCCUGCUCCCUGGGUGUGGCCCUGGUGACCACGGCUGCCGUCCUUCUAGCCCACUUACUGAGGACACAGCAGGGAGGAAGUAACAGGCAUGUGGUCGGGGGGCCUCUUCCCAGUCACCCUGGGGCAGGUGCCCAUGGCCCCCCAUUAACUGCCUGCCACCAGGGGAAAUGAGGCAGGCCUUUCGCGGACCCCUGCUGGCCCCAGGAAGGUCUGCAAAGCUGCUGGCGACUCCUAGAAUGAACCUCUCAAAGAAGAGCUAACAGCACCGAGAGAGACCGGCAGGGCCAGGCACGGAGUGCUAACAGGAUGCCCACCUGGGGCGGUGGAGACGGACGAGGUCCUGGCCAGACCGGCAGAGGCCGAGGCUCCUGCCAGGCAGAAAGUGGCACCUCAGCUCCUCCAGGGCUUGGGGAGGCAGUGUGACAAUGCCUGCUCUCUCAGCAGGCCCGGACUUCAUCGCUUGUCCCAGAAAGGCUCUGGAGCGGGAGGGUGGCGGUGAGGGAGUCAGCGGGAGCUAGGGGACCUGAAGGGGGGUGGCCUGCAUCACAGCUCCUGCUGACUUUCCCACCCGUGGUGGCCGCUGGCUGCUAUAAAUACCACUCCUGCCUCUGGAUGUUGCAGGAGGUGACCUAGAAUUGUGGGCUCCGGGGCCUCCUGGGUGCCCCCUCCCUGCCCGUGUUCGACAGAGCCUGCCUGACUAGAACGUCCUCGCAGCCUGGGAGCCCGCCAACACCAAGCAGGGCCCUGACCGGGGACGGGAAACCCCGACACUGAGGGAGGCAGCUGUGGCUUCCAACCCUGAGCCUCCUAUGACCAGCAUUGCUACCGCUUCCGUGGCAAGUGUGGAGGGCACCCGGCCCCUGGAGAGCAGAGGCCUGGCCGGCCUGCAAAGGAGAUGUGGCACCCAAGGCCAGGGGCCCCGGCUCCCAAACCACCUGACCCUGGGCCCCCUCCCGCACCGCCUUUGUCCCACUGUGAUGCCGAGAUUCUACCUGAUUUCCAAACUUCCCAUCGGCCUGAAAGCCUCUCUGGGUGGCCUCGAGAGCGCUCUGUUAGAACGUGUGGUUCUUGUUCCUUCUUCCAGCCGCUAGCAUGCCUCCGAGUGAGUCCUUUUCUGCACGAAAGGCCCCUGACGGGCCCAGGCUCCAGGCCCCAGGCUUGGCUGAUCCAGGAGCACAGGACAGGAGGUGGCCCCGGGCCGAGCAGUGGGGCCGUCACGCUCCUGGAGCACUUCCUGCGGACAGGGAAGGACGGACGGCGCCCUGGUCCCACCCCGCCCGCCCCGGGAGGAGCACCGUUAGAACACAGGCCUGGGGUAGCCCGCCCCACCCCAACAUGUACCUACUCUCCUGGAAGCCGACUGUCAGCCAAGUGUGCCCCAUCUCAACGCCCAGGCCCUCAGGCCUCCCCACGCCCGGAGGUGUCCCUUACCCGCUGCAGUCUUCGAGUGGCUGGUCUCUUGUGUCACUCCGAUCCUAGCUCAAACCUGGCUCCUCUGACCCACCAGCCGGAUCUCAGCUCCCAGCAAAGGGCCUGGCAGGUGGCAGGAACCCACCGAAUCCCUGCUGCCUGAGAAGGAGCGGCGUGUGAGCACAGCCCCGAGGGAGCCGGUGCAGAGCCCAGCCCGGAACCCAGGGCUCCUGCCGUCCAGCCCACUGGGGCCCUCUCCACACCACCCGCCAGACCCAAGCUCCGUCCUGAACUGCUCCUGCAGCCGCAAGUGCGUACGGGGCCUCACUGGCGCCCGACGACCCCGCCGUGGGUGAGGCGGGGAAGAAGUGUGGCGUGCCAGUUUUGCUGAUGGGGAGACUGUGGCAGGGAGGGGGUGCUGGGUGAUCUGCCUGAGGGCGGCAGAACGGAGCGAGGUCCGUGACCAGGUUUUCGGGGAGGCCCUGCUGCCUGAGGGGCUCUUCACCUCGAGGCCCCGUUCUCCCUGCAUGGAGGGCAGCACCUCACGGCCGCCCUGGGAGGGAGACGGGCCAGAGCGGCCGCCCUGCAGCCCAGCGGUUUUAGGGCACCGGCCUGUGAAGUCAACCAAACCUCACCGGUCACCGACCUGCCCGUGACCUAGUGACCGUGGGAAGUCUCUUGGCCUCGGUCCCUCACCAUACAAUGCAGACAGGAACGGAGCUGCCUCCUGGGCCACUGGCGGAGGAUGGCUUGGUCAAGGGCCUGUCCCGCAGGUCUGCACUCUGCCUCCCUCCCUGUGACCCUGAUCUGCUCUCUGCCAACUUCCUCGGAAUGUGAGAACAAACCGGAAGUAGCCAGAGCUUCUUGGAAGGAAGACUAUAAAAAGCCUCGGCAAUGUCA